AUGAUCCGCCUCAUCCAUUGCGGUGAAUGGAAGUUCCACGAAUUUGACCUUUGCAAUUUGCCUGGGUAUGCUAUUUUAUCACACAGGUGGUUCAAUGAUGCAGGCGGGAAUCCAGAAGAGGUGACUUAUCAUGAUUUUCUGGCGCGGUUAAACAACAUCACACAAGGCAAAGCACGGAGCUGGGCGAAAGUCGAGAAGGCUAGGGAUAUCGCCUGGGGGCUCAACAUCAGAUGGAUAUGGAUCGACAACUGCUGCAUCAAUAAAAGGGAUGCAUCAGAACUCUCGGAAGCAAUCAGCUCUAUGUAUCAAUGGUAUGCACAGUCACAGGUCUGCAUUGCGUACUUGAACGAUAUGGAUAGGACCGAACUUGGACCUUCAUCGUGGUUUGAAAGAGGGUGGACAUUGCAGGAGCUAAUUGCCCCAUCCCAAGUCCUAUUUUAUAAUAAGAGUUGGCGGUACUGUGGGAGCCGGAAUGGGUAUAGAAUUGAAGAUGCAUACGAUAUAGCCACAGACCUUAGCGGUACGAUCUCUAAGAUUUCAGGGAUCGAGAGGUAUCUUCUGAAACUAAACGAUAGCAAUCGAAUCAAACGCCACUUAUCUUCUAUUCCAGCUUGUCAGAAGAUGUCAUGGGCAGCUAAAAGGAAAACGGCCAAAAAGGAAGACAUGGCGUAUUGUCUAAUAGGAUUAUUCGGUAUUAAUCACAUGUACCCGAAGUAUGGAGAAGGGGAGAAGGCAUUUAUCCGGCUUCAAGAAGAGAUCGUCAAGCAAACCAGUGAUCUGACCCUAUUCGCUUGGGUAGUAGGGGAUCUUAAUAAGUGCGACCCUGACAAUCUAUUGACGUACAACGAUAUCAAUGGCGGUGAUGAUAUUGAACAUGACGAUCGUGUCUUCAAAUUCCACCAGGCCCUCCAUGGGAUCUUCGCCUGCCACCCACGCGAAUUUGCAUCAGCCAACAACAUCAAACCUACACAAAACGUCAUGUACAAUGAUGAAAUUACAGUUACCAGUAAAGGCCUCAAAUUCACUACCGCUCUGUGGGGGACAGGACCAGAUUCCCUAUUUGCAAUGCCUCUUUAUUGUUACGAUGAGACUCCUUCUUGCCCAUUGGGAAUCCAUAUGAGAUGGGUCGGGGGAGACAUUUAUGCCAGAACAAAUGUCACGAACACGAUUUAUUUGCCCACGGAGCAAGCUCCUCUUCCGAGCCAGGACGACAUUUUUGCUACGCAUAAAAUAUCUCACCUUCAAGACUGCCUCCGUGUCCUCCAUCGAAAUUCCAUACGGAUCCCUAAAUUUAUCUACGACAAAAACGGGACAAUGAAGGCUAGGCAACUAGAAAGGACUAAGGUCUCGCCGGGCUUUCUCUGGUGUGAAGAACGUGAUCUUUUAAUGACACAAGGAGCUAGAUUCCCUUUAGCUUGUGUGACUUAUCAGAUAAUUGAGCAACAGACCAAGGUGGUUGUUCUGGUUUUGGGGCUCGAUCACAUGGAAAAGCCUUGGCUGUGUUUAGUUGAGCCUGGUUCGAAACUGGCGCCAUCGCAUCUAGAAACAAGACGAGGAUAUCUUGAUAGAAUAUGUCGAUCGGCAAGUCAAGAACGAUUUGAGAAUAUCCAUUUCGUUGCCAAUGCUACUUGGGAGCACAAAACACAAACCUGUGAAUUUAACAUAAAUGGUCGAUUCCGAAAUCCUGGUGACUGGCUUGAUGGCCAACCCAUUUUCAGCGUCAGCCUAGAAGCACAUAUCGUCCCGGUGUCUCCAAAUAUGGCAAACGUUGAUAACAUAGUUUCAACUCCCGGCACUGGGACAAACCUUGUAUUAGAUCUGACAACAUGGAUAGGGGCAAUGGAUAACUCAGCCCAAGGCAACCACUUAACAACUCAUCCUUUGCCCGUUUCUCUGACCACUUCUGGGUUAGAAAGGGAGCGGAUGAGAGCACAACGCGACCCGAGUAUUCCAGCUAAAGCUUCUCAAUCGCUUAGAAGUUUAAUAGGCCAGUAUAUCUCUAAGAAGAUAAGCAACCCCCCCAUUAUAUCACAACAAACGGAAUCGACAGAUACACAUCCUAUCGCCACCCGGUCACCAAAUCGGAUUUCUGAGCAUUACUCAUCUACCGUAAACCCAGUGCCCAGAAGAGCUAGGCAUACUAACCCCCUAGGAUCAGAUAAAAUUCAGUAUCGAGAAUCCCGUGGAUUGUCCGUUGUUACUGGUACCGACGUAAUUUCUACCUCUCACUCCGUGCAUACCUCAAGCACAGUUGGUUACACUGGCAUAGGGAAUACACCAAGGCAGUUUAAAACCGCUAGUUCCAUGAGCAUAUCAGAAAAUAAUUUCAUAUAA